AAAAUUUACUUUGUUCGCUUAAAAUUACAUAACAAAAAUCAAGCCCUCUUACUCUUUCUCUCUCUCUCGGUCUCAGUCUCCGUCUCUCUCUCUCUCUCUCUCCGACCUUGCGAGCUCCGAGCGACCAAACCUCUCUCUCCCACCAUGUUCCGCCGAGUCACCUCUUUAUUAGCCCGUCCCAUUAUCUCCGCCGGCAGGGCUCGAUCAUUUUCUACCGAUCUUCCGGCAAAUCCCACCGCCGAUUCGGCAUUCGUCGAUGCUUGGAAGAAGGUGGUCCCGAACACAGAUCCCCCAAAAACUCCUCUAGCUUUUAUGAAGCCUCGCCCUCCUACGCCAUCUUCCAUACCUUCCAAGCUCACUGUCAACUUUGUUCUUCCUUAUGCUUCGGAGCUCUCGGCCAAAGAGGUUGACAUGGUUAUUAUUCCAGCAACAACUGGGCAUAUGGGUGUUCUUCCUGGGCAUGUAGCAACAAUUGCAGAGUUGAAGCCCGGGGUCCUUUCAGUUCAUGAGGGUAAUGACACCACAAAAUAUUUCAUCAGCAGUGGCUUUGCAUUCAUCCAUGCUAACUCUUAUGCCGAUAUAAUUGCUGUGGAGGCUGUUCCACUUGACCAAAUCGAUGCAAGCUUAGUCCAGAAGGGUCUUGCAGAAUUCACCCAGAAGCUGAGCUCGGCUUCAACAGAUUUGGAGAAAGCUGAGGCCCAAAUUGGAGUUGAUGUGCAUAGUGCCCUUAACUCUGCUCUCACAGGCUAGUCGUAGAAGUCCUUUGGAUUCGCGUUCUCAUUACAUCAGUCAAUAUCUCACUUGUUGCAUCUUUAAGGCUGCCUCAUUUGACACUUAAACUUGUCUUCUGAAGCCAAAUAUUUUGGUGUUGCUAUUUUGUUCUUUUUGUGGAAUUGAUCAUAAUAAUCAUUGAAUUAUAUCAUGUUUCAAGAGAGCUUGGCAAAAACUUGGAGAAACAAUAGGGUUGAUUUUCAGUACUUUUUAUGUGAAUUCCUGCUUUCGCUUUCA